GGUCGGAGCUCGGGGUCCCCCAGACAGACGCGGUCCUUCAGGUCGGCUUCUGCCGCGGAGACCUGGGCGCACCUCCACCUGCGCGGAGACCACGGGCUGAGGAGCGCGCGCGAGUGCUGUUUUUGGAGGGGACUUCGCUGGAAAGCCUGGAGGAGCUUUGUCAUCAGUCACCCCAUCUUCGAAUCCCAUGCUGUGUAGAGUAACGAGCCAGCUGUAUAAAUCUGGGUGGUGCCUUAAUUAAGUUAGUCACUGAACUCCAAAAUUGCUGCCUGAAGAGGAGUUUUACUAACGUUUUCUAUGCUUGCCAUACUUUUCUCAGCUUUCAAAAAAUAAAUAUUUUAUAAAAUUUGAAAAACUUAAAAGUUAUUUUUCUCUAAACUGCGGACGAGGUUAAUUGUGGACAAGCCACAUUACUAUUUUCUUUAUUCGAAAUAGACAGCUGGGAUUUCAAAGCUGCACGCUGAAGGGGUUUGCAACAGUUCCCUGGCUUUUGGCCUCAGUCCAGCUGGAUCAAGUUGAUGUCUGAAAAGAGAUCUUGAAUCCUGGAAUCUGGAGAGACCCAAGCAUGCCAGUCAGGAGGAAAGAUACUGACCGAGCAUUAUCAUUACUGGAAGAAUACUGCAAAAAGUUAAGGAAACCAGAAGAGCAACAGUUGAAAAAUGCUGUUAAGAAGGUGAUGUGCAUCUUUAAGAGCAGCUUAUUCCAAGCUUUGCUAGAUAUUCAAGAAUUUUAUGAGGUGACAUUAUUAAACUCUCAAAAAAGUUGUGAACAGAAAAUAGAAGAAACCAAUCAAGUUGCACAGAAAUGGGAGAAGACAUUCCUUCUCGCUCCAUGCCAUGAUAAGCUUCAAAAAUCUGCAGAGUUUACAGGUUACUGUGAACCAAAGGAAAAUGAGUCACAUAUUGAGCAAGACAAAGACAAACAGUGUUUUGAAAAUGACACUGGUGAGGAGACAAGUCAAAACCAAGGCAAAUGUCCAGCUCAGAAUUGUUCGGUGGAAGCCCCUGCUUGGAUGCCUGUCCAUCACUGUACUGCAGAAGAGGAUACCGAGAGUGGCAGAAGAAAGGGAAGUGAAAGCCAAGGAACGGUUUCCAGGAAAGGAUAAUCAACGAUUUCAAGUUCUCUACUCUACGAGAAUAAUUAUUAAGAAGUUUUUCUGAAUUUGGCAUUUAGGAGUUUUCUAAUAUGGAAGAACAUUUUCAGUGGAAGCAUGGGGACAGAAGAUAUUUAUCUGAUUUAUCUAAUUAGAUGUCUGUUUACUUCUCUCUUCUCACUUCUGUGCUGAACCCUACAGCGUUUUUUCUUUAACAAAGUUGAUCAUGUACAAAUUGGGGAAGAAACAAAGUAGGUUUUAAUUAUGUGUAAUGAUCAUUUGUAUUGUUAUAUGUAUGCAACCAGAAGCCCAUAACUAUUUUUAUUUUAAUAACAAUAGUACAUAAGAAGGAGAAGAAAAUAUAUAGCAUGAUUCUAUUUACUUUAUCUAUCUAUCUACAUAAGAAGGUUUAAAUAAUUUAUCCAAAAUCAUAGUUACAUGAUGAAACCAAUUUUCAAAUCCAAUCUGAUCUUUGAUUUCAAAGCCUGUGCUCUUUCUAAAUUGCUUGUCAUUGAUAACCUAUUAUUUGCAAGACACCUCUUCUAUGCAUUAAGGAUUCAAGAAGAAACAAAACAGUCACUUCCUAUGGAGCCCUUUUCCUUGGGAGGACUGAGUAAUACAGGACAAAGCUAAAACAGAGAAGGCAUGGAACUCAAGUUUGCAAGGGACCUCAGUUGCUGUGGUGUGGUGAAAUAUUGGCAUAAGUUGUAGACAGCAUUCAUACUGACUCACAGGCAGAUUACUCCAGUAUGUGAUUUAAGCAGUGAACCAUCUACCUCCACCUCAAGACACACAAGUCAAAGAGUCAUCCUUACCUGAUCCAUGUGAUGCAGGGGAUAGUUGGACCUAGCUCCUAGCAGUGGUUUCCUCCUGCUCCUUCCAACAAUAUGACUACUCUCCUCUUCAAAAUCUUCUCUACUUCAGAAUUUCAUAUUUACUCAGACAAUUCUCACAUCUGAUUAGCCUCUUUGUUGGGACAAGAAUGUGGACUUCUUUUUCUUGUGUGCUGUUUCUUAGGAGCCAUUCUUUACUAAGUACUCCACUAAAUGUAGACUUGGAAGUUUGAGUACAUGUGCAUGGGUGUAUGCUUGCUAAAGUGCAUGCUGAACAGAUCACUUUACAAGAAUAACGGAGGGACAGAUUAAUUUCCACAGUGUGACUAUGGAUAAGAAGUAUGGGGAGAAGAUUGGGUAGAUCUGAAGAAAAGGGAAAAUUAUAGAAAAUUAAAGAUGUGAAAUGCAAGACAAGAUUUCUGCUUCUGUAAAACUGUCUCCAUAGGAACACAGACCAAUUAACAUGAAACACUUAAAAAAUAAUUAGAAGCAAAAGUUUUGCUGAUGACCUUGAUUAUAUUAGCUCAGAGAAGAGAAAUGGAGGGUGGAAGAGAGAAGUCAAGAGACUUUACCCAGGAGAUUAGACUUGAGAGCCUUUAAGAGAUGAGAAAAUCUAAUCAAGCAAAGAAAGGAUGACAUCAUGUACAUGGAUUUAUAGAACACCAGCGAGUAUAAUUCAAUUGAGAUUGUUUUCUAUGAUCCUUGAAGAAAAUUGAUUUCAUAAAAUUCUGUACCCUUCAGAGAUUAUUCUUAAAUUUCUUAUGCAUAUAAUUUAUAGUAUCCAAUCAGGUCAGAAGCACCUAGAAGUAUAUGCUUUUUCUUCUAUUUCAUUUUUAUCACCCACAUAUGCCUAGGAUAGUGUUCUGAACUAAGAGUUUCCAACAAAUGCUUAUUAAUUAGCCAUACAAUAAACUUCUGGACAAUAAUUAUAAGAAUAUCUACUUGUUUGCAGCUAUUCUGUCCCAGGCACAUCUACUCAUAACAUUUGUAGGACUUGAAACAAAAGUACAAACCAAGGCCAUGUAUUAAAUGUUUUAAAGAAUUAAAUCAUGCUAACAAGCUAUUACUGAAUGCAUUUAAUCUUCCCAGUUCAACAAAUACUCUUUCAAAAUGAACAUGGAAAAUCAAACUCAGAGUAAAACUAGCUGAAUGAUUUCUCGGGCUCUCUGGAGCUCCAUUUAUAAGGAAGUAAUGCUGGGAGAAUGUACUCCCCUCCAGGCUUUCCCAGCACUAAUUCAGGGUUCACUGUUUGGAUUAUGACAGCACAGCACAUGCUUAUGAGACACUCUCUGAGACUCACUCCCAGUCGUGGAGGUGAGCACAUCAAAGCCAUGGUCUAGAAUCAGGGAAGGGAAGUGAAGGGAAGGUUAGGUUAGGUUGCUGGGCAGGACCAGUUGAGCUGGUGAUUCAGGGUCCAGUUUAUGGUGGGGUGGCACGUGGGCCCCACUUAGGCAUGACCCUUGGUUUCAUAAACACCUCAUGGGAAAGAGUUUCUGCUAGAAUGAGAUCUUCUGAAGUAUGUGCCUUUCUCAAGCCUUUUGCCAG